CCUGUUCUCCAGACAAGCCUGUGGGCAUUGCAGGUGUAGGUGAGACUCCACUGUUAGUUCGUAGACAGCAGAGAGAGGGAGUGACUGAGUUAUUACCUGAAGGAUCACAAAGACAAGAGAAAAGUCAUAUCUGUUGACACUCCAUCAGUUGGCCAAAUACUGCCCCCUGGACAAAAAAAGCACCUCCUCUGGAAAUACAACAGACAUUGAAUCAAAACUACUACUAAUACCACUCCCUACAGGUGCGUAUCAGAAAACCAGAGGGAGAGUAAACCAUGGAGGUCACCAAGGUCUGGCACAUCCAGGCCCUGGACCCAGUGCCCGAGGAAGAUCAGCAGGUGUCGGACUCUUCCUCCGGUGGGGACAAGCCAGAGUGCUCCAUCUGUUUCAACACCUAUGACAAUGUCUUCAAGACGCCCAAGCUGCUGGACUGCACCCACACCUUCUGCCUGGAGUGUGUCACGCGGGUCAUGGCCGUGUCUGUGGAACAGGACGGGGGCCAGAUCCCCUGCCCCCUCUGCAGGCACCCCACCUCCAUCCCCGCCAGCGGUCCCCCUGCCCUCCUCACAAGCCUGGAGGUUCUGGGCAGGCUCCCCACCCACCUGCAGCAGGAGGAGAGGGUGUGGAUGGAGGGGAAGAAGCUGUGUUACUCCAGCCUCGGCAGCCCUGACCCCCUCCACCCUGUCGGCUCCUCCACCUGUAUCUGUAUCGACAUUGGGAGGAUCCAGGAGGAUGCUGUGUCCAGACAGACUGAGGCUGAACAAGGGAGACGCGUCUGGGGCAGACGAUACCUCUGUAGCUUCUUCUCAGACUGGAAGCGGCUGGUGUUGUUCGUGGUGCUGCUGGUCAUGCUGGUGUGUGUCAUCAUGUGGCCGCUGCAGUGUGUCUUUAGUACAGGAUCGGUUCGUUGUUUGAAAAGCAAGGCUCCAACCACUGUGGGGCAGACCCCUACUCCCUCUACAGCUUCCACCAUCACUCAGCUGCUACGGUGAGAUAAGGAGGGGAGACCCAAUGUGCAGCAAAGGGCCUGGGGGCACCUUAUUAUCGCAGGUGACUCUGACUGGCACAGCAGGACUGUGAAGGAUGAGACUGAAAGACAAGCUAGCUCUCCUGGUGAAAGGACUUCAAAUGAGCCAUAGAGAUCCUAUUCAAUUACUAAAUGGGCUACAUUGAGCUCCAAAAGUAUUGGAACAGUGACAUGUUUUGUUGUUUUGGCUCUGUACUCCAGCACUUUGGAUUUGAAAUGACACAAUGACUGAGGUUAAAGUACAGUCUGUCAGCUUUAAUUUGAGCAUAUUUUCAUCCAUAUCGGGUGAACCGUUUAGAAAUCACAGCACUUUUUGUACAUACAGUGCCUUCGGAAAGCAUUCAGACCCCUUGCCAUUUUGUUACGUUACAGCUAUAUUCUAAAAAUGUAUGAAAUGUUUUUUUUUGCUCAUCAAUCUACAAACAAUACCCCGUAAUGACAUCCAGGCUGUAUCACAACCGGCCGCGAUCGGGAGUCCCAUAGGGCAGCACACAAUUGACCCAGUGGCGUCCGGGUUUGGCUGUGUAGGCCAUCAUUGUAAAUAAGAAUUUGCUCUUAUCUGACUUGCCUAGUUAAAUAAAGGUUCAAUUAAAUAAAAACAAAUGACAAAGCAAAAAAAGGUUUUUAUUUAUAAACAUUUUAAAACUGAAAUAUAACAUUUACAUGAGUAUUCAGACCCUUUAAUCAGUACCUUGUUGAAGCACCUUUGGCAGUGAUUACAGCAUCGAGUCUUCUUGGGUAUGACGCUACAAGCUUGGCACACCUGUAUUUGGGGAGUUUCUCUCGUUCUUCUCUGCAGAUGCUCUCAAGCUCUGUCAGGUGGGAUGGGGAGUGUUGCUGCACUGUUAUUUUUAGGUCUCUCCAGAGAUGUUCGAUCGGGUUCAAGUCCAGGCUCUGGCUGGGCCACUUAAGGACAUUCAGACACUUGUCCCGAAGCCACUCCUGCGUUGUCUUGGCUGUGUGCUUUGGGUCGUUGUCCUUUUGGAAGUUGAAACUUUGCCCCGGUCUGAGGUCCUGAGCGUUCUGGAGCAGGUUUUCAUCAACAACAAAAAAGGAGUCACUGUCCCAUUACUUUUGGAGCUCACUGUAUGUCAUCAACCCUGAAAGUCCCAGAAUGGGGUGAAAAUGGCAGCCAUAUUGGUCAGGGAGAAAUCCAAACAAGUCUAAUUGGAAUGAAUGCCAGUAGAGGCAUAAUCCUGAUUUUACUUAUGCAGGAUAUUAAAAGUAAGGCAUGUGAAAUAUCAGAAAUUGUGUAAUAUAAUUUUUGUCAACCUACAAUAUUGUCAUAUAAUUAUAAAUACAGUGUAUAUGGUUUUUAUACACAUUUUCUGAAAAAAUGUUGGCACAUUGUCAUUUAAUUUAAUACAUUUAUGGAAUCAUUAUUCUAAAACUGUCUGGCUGGCUAGCUAACAAAUAUACUGUGCAGAUACAUUUAAAAAUGCAUAGGUUCUUUGAGGGUACAUUGUUUUAUAUGAUAGUUUGUUUUACAUGUGAGAUAUUUCUUUGAUUAAAUCAUGUACCAAAUUAAACAUUUUUGUUUUUAGCAAAUAAUACUGCCUUUUUUAGGAUACCUAGGGCUCUAUUCAAUCUGUAACGCUAAAUAAAUUGUUAUGUAAAAAAAAUGGAAAGGUUACAGAUUCCGCAAUAUAAAUGUAAAGGUCAUUUCCAAUUGAUCCGACAUAUGCAGUGUUUUCCAUGAAUGCAGUCUCUGCUAAAGCGGGAACAUUGCCUUUAAAUUUCAAUCACGCUGUAACGCUGAACUUGCGUGAUCCGUUAUGAAUAGAGCCCCUAGUGUUUGGUUUGUGGGUUCUUUGGAAAAGACAGUGGCAUCUUGGUAUUUUCAUGGCCUUGAGUGGUGAUCAUCACAUGAGCACACCUAAUCCGCAUGCAUGUCUCACAUUCACACUUACACAUUUUAUUACUUUCAAUCAGCUGACACGCAGCUAUUUCAUUUUACUGUACCUCCUUAUAUAAAGACCAGUACACCUCUA